AUGGCAGUUCGCAGAUUCGUUGCACGUCGAGGAUCUCCUUUCCAAAUUCAGUCGGAUAACGGUACAAAUUUUCAGGGGGCAAGCCGAGAACUUCGUGAAGAGAUCGAAAAGAUUGGUAAAGGGUUGGCUGAAACUUUUACCAACUCGAAUACAAAGUGGGUAUUUAACCCACCGUCUGCGCCACAUUUCGGGGGCGCAUGGGAACGUCUCGUAAAAUCCGUUAAGGUGGCCUUAGGCUCUUUAUGUAGCGAUCGUAACCCGGACGACGAAACCCUGUUAACGGUUAUUGCCGAGGCCGAAUCUAUAGUAAAUUCUAGACCGUUAACUUCAAUUCCUCUAGAAAGCCCCAGCCAGGAAGCACUAACUCCGAAUCACUUUAUCCUGUUGAGCUCGAACGGUGUCAUCCAGCCUCGAACAACACUAGCGGAACCAACAAGAGUGACCCGUACCAAUUGGAACAUGGCUAGGCAGCUUAUGGAUCAAUUCUGGCGUCGAUGGAUGAACGAAUAUCUGCCGACUCUCGCUAAUAGGACCAAGUGGUUCGGCGAGACGAAAAACCUGGAAAAGAACGAUCUCGUGCUGAUUGUGAACGAAGGUCAACGUAACGGAUGGUUGAGAGGCCGGGUCAUAACGACGAUCCCUGGACGCGAUGGCCGGAUUCGUCAGGCUUGGGUACAGACAACGGAAGGCGUGUUCCGGCGACCAGUUUCCAAGCUGGCAGUACUCCAGGUGCAAGGUAAUGGUAACGCAGAGUCGGUAGGUACACCGGAAGUGCGUCACGGGUCGGGGAUGUUGCGACCACUGGCAGCACGGCCAAUAUCCCUCCGGCAAUCCGGCUCUCUCAACAAAGGGAUACCGUCAACGUCAACCGUCAACUUCGACAGCAGCGAAACGAAUGUCAUGGAAUAG